ACACUGCAGGCUUUUUCAGCAUUUAGAGUCAGCGAGAAAGACACAAGACUUAGUCUAAGAAGCAAGAUUAAGAAAAGGAGCUAUUCAAAUGUUUUUUUCUAGAUGGUGAUAGAAAAGUGAGAAGUCUAGCCUUGCUUGGAAACACAAGGUAGUUGGAGAGGCACCUGAAGAAAGACAACUUUUGAAGAGAAUUUUCUUGUAUGGAAUUGCUCAGGAUUAAAGCAUAAGCUGUUUUCAAUAUUUAUUUGUCAAUUUGCAAGUCUCUUUCACUCUUUGACCAUGAGGCACAUCUAUCUGCUGAGUCUGGGUAUUUUAUUGACACUGACAGAGAGCACUGUGAGUGAAUGCCCCGAUGGAUAUAAAAGAUUUACGAAGGGGCACUAUACAAACUGUACAGAUGAAGAUGAGUGUGAGUCUGAACCACUCAUUUGUGGAGAAAAUGCAAGAUGUCUCAACACAAAUGGCAGUUACUACUGUCUGUGUCAAGAAGGGUUCACACCAACUCAUAAUUUCACAGCAAAGGAUGGUAGUGUAUGCCAAGACAUCAAUGAAUGUGUGGAUCAAAGCAUUGAUUGUGGUCCUAAUGCAAAUUGUGUAAAUGCUGAAGGAGGUUAUUCCUGCACAUGUGAACCUGGCUACAUUUCCAGCAAUGGGAAAGAGAUGUUUUCUGCAGGACAAGGAAUUCAAUGUAUUGACAGAGAUGUAUGCACCGAUCCCAGUAUUUGUGGAAUAAAUGCAACAUGUCAUAACACGUACAGUAAUUUCUAUUGCAUCUGUGCUGCGGGCUUCAGACUGAAGUCAGGAGAAACUAACUUCACUGAUCCAAAUGAAUCCUGCAUGAGUGUUUGUGACAUUGAUAAAUCCAUCUGUGGAGAAGGAGGAGUCUGCCAUAACAGCAAAGACGGCCAUGAAUGUGUGUGCAGGUCAGGAUUCACCAACUAUGGUCACAAACAAAUGAAGUGCACAGAGCUCAAGUGUAACACAAUUAUAAGUGAGAGCAAAGCAUCCCAGGCAUCUCCAGAGCUAACAAAACUUGUCUCCUUCAUGAACAACAACUGUUUGGCACUGAAGAAGAGCGAGUCUGUCAGUUUUAAACAAGGGGGCGGAGAAAGACUUCUUGAGGCGUUUCUGAGUGCUUUAGAUAGUCUGCUUGACGGUGGCUUCCAAGGUGGUAACCAUGAAGUGUCAGCAAUGUUUAAUAUUGUGGAACGCAUGCUAAAACUGAUAGGACCUCUGCUGUCAGAAAGCCAGACCAAGAGAUCAAGCAAUAAAACCGAGGUGGAGCUGUUGGUAAAGUGGGGCAAAUCUCCACCUGAGGGUGAUUUCAAUAUAUCCUCCAGCCGCACACAGUUUACAUCCCACUGGGACACAGCAACAGGAAAUACAUACCUUGGCUUUACGACUGCAGCUCUUCUCAGCUAUAAAGGUCUGGAAGAAUCACUCAACCGCUAUUUUAACCAUUUAGAAACACGGAAAAAGCAGACUUUUAAGAUAAAUUCAAAAGUAGUAACUGCCACUGUUAGUAAUACAGAGACUGACAAUCUACAGAAACCAGUAAAUCUCACGUUUUCUCACUUGGAGAACACAAAUGAGACACAUAUCUGUGUGUUUUGGGAUCCUAAACUGAAAGGGGGCGCGUGGUCAAAAGAAGGCUGCACUAGAGUGAACUCCAAUGAUGUCCAGACUGUCUGCUCCUGUACUCACCUCAGCAGCUUUGCUGUGCUGAUGGCUCUCUAUGACAUUGGGGAUGUAUAUGAGCUGACUCUGAUCACAUGGGUGGGACUGCCACUGUCUCUGGUCUGCCUCCUCAUCUGCAUUAUCACAUUUUACUUGGUGCGAUCUAUCCAGAGCACACGCAACACCAUCCACCUGCACCUCUGCAUCAGCCUCUUCAUCGCCUACUUUGUGUUCCUCGUGGGCAUCACCCGCACAGAAAAUGAGGUGGGCUGUGCAGUUGUUGCGGGCGUGCUGCACUAUUUCUUCCUGGCUUCGUUCUGCUGGAUGUGUCUGGAAGGAGUGCAGCUGUUCCGCAUGGUGGUGCUGGUCUUCAACACAACGCUGAGACCCAUCUAUAUGAUUGCCGCUGGUUAUGGAGUUCCUGCUGUUAUCGUUGCAAUUUCAGCCACAGUGAAUGCAAGUGGAUAUGGCACUCCGGGCUACUGUUGGCUCAACAUUCAAGAUGGUUUCAUUUGGAGCUUUUAUGGGCCCGUUUGCGCCAUAAUUAUUGUUAAUGUAUUCUUCUUCCUCAUAACAAUAUGGAAGCUGGCAGAAAAAUUUUCCUCCCUCAACCCUGACUUAAACAAUCUACACAAAAUCAAGGCAUUUACGGUCACUGCGAUUGCUCAGCUGUGUGUCCUUGGCAUCAUGUGGGUGUUUGGAUGUUUUCAGUUUAAUAAAGACACUCUGGCAAUGUCAUACAUCUUCACUAUACUAAGCAGCCUGCAGGGGGUGCUGAUGUUCAUCUUGCAUUGCUGGCUCUCAAAACAAGUGAGAGACGAGUAUGCCAAAUUCCUGUCAAGUAUCUGUACACCACAGAAGAGGAAAUAUUCAGAGUUCAGCUCAAACCAAACAAGCAAAUCGCAGGGCUCCAAGAGUGCUCAGCACACUGGUGAAUCCCACAUUUAGGAGGCCAUGUCAACAGACCAUCGACUUUAUCAUUCAUUUGCAAGAUGAAGUGUCACAUUAUCUCUCUAUAUCUGCUUUAUGGAAAUGAUAUUGUAUUUGAGUGAUUAGUAAUUUAGGGGAACUUUUCUUUCCCUUAGUGUCAUUUAAAAAAAUGCCUUUAAAGAUAAAUGGUGUGUCUUUGAUUAUUGCUUUCUAACUUUGUAUGUUUUUUGCCAGAAUUUCUCUUCUAUUUAUUUAAGUUAAAAGAACAUUCUACAUAUUACCGUUCAAAAGUUUAGGGUUGGCAAGUUUUUUGUUUGUUUUUUUGAUGUCUUAUGCUGCAUUUAUUUGUUAAAAAUGCAAUAAAAGUGAUAUUGUGUAAUUUUUUUUUUUAGAAUUUAAAAUAACUUUUCUAUUUUUAAUAUAUUUUAAAAUGUAAUUUAUUCCUGUGAACAAAGCUGAAUUUCAGCAUCAUUACUCCAGUCUUCAGUGUCACAUGAUCCUUCAGAAAUCAUUCUAAUGUGCUGAUUUGAUGCUCAAGAAACAUUUAUGAUUAUUAUCAAUGUUGAAAUCAGUUUUGUUGCUUGAUCAUUUUGUUGAUCAUUCUGGAUUCUUUGAUGAAUAUUAAGUUCAAAAGAACAUUUAUUUGAAAUAGAAUCUUUUGUAGCAUUAUAAAUGUCUUUACUGUCACUUUUGAUAAAUUUACUGCAUCCUUGCUGAAUAAAUGUAUCUCACCCCAAACA